AUGGAUACGGGCGUUCUCGAACGCAUCCGCAGCUUAGAGGCGGACAUUGAGAGGUGCAUUGAGAGUGUAGUGCAGCAGGAGCUUUUCUCUCAAGACGUGACAAACGAGCGCCACCGCAUCUUGCUAGACCACUUUCAACUAGAGCAAUUGAAGACAAUCAGAGGACUGUCAGAGAAGCUCCUGGAUAUCUACCUGGAUGAGGACGAAAUCGUGGAGGCCCAGGAAGCGCCGGGCAAAGGCGAAGAGGCAAUCGCCUCGGCCGUGAAGAAGUUCGAGGGCAAGGUGGCCGACCUUCGCGAGUAUCACUUGACCUACCGCACCCUCCCGGCGGUCAAGAAUCAGCUCGCCAUGCCCAACCCAAAGAUCCUUGACACGCUGUUUGCGGUAAACGAGCGGUACGGCAGCUGCCUGGACCUAGCGACACCGUUCAAUCAGCACUGCACGUUUAUGAUUAGCACCGCCGCCAUGGCGACUACGACGUACGAGGGUGAGGAGGUGCAUCUUGCGAUGCGCCGGCGGAUCGCUGCUUGGGCGUCGACGUGGCCCAGCCGCCUAGAGUACUUCCGCUUUGUCCCUGAACUACCCGAACUUGUGGUGGGCGCUGUUGACGCUACCAGAAAACUCACUGGCUUUGCGAUGUACAAGGACUUUGUGACGGGUCUGCUGACUUACCUGAACGACUUUUACCAUCGCGUACAUCCCUUGAGCACGGAAGAAGUUCCUCGCCUGCUGACAGAGGCCGAGAACGGCUGUGAGGAGUUUUGGUCUGCUCUUACAAAGGAAAGCGACGACGUCAAAGUUAUCUCGGACGCCUAUGGGAAAGAGGAUGAUAGCGACAGCGCCGACGACGGAGACGGGGAGGGCUCCCACGGAAGCGAGGGCCGCGACUCCCUCACGGCACCAAGUCCUCCUGCGGGCUGGCGAUUCCGCCGCCGCUGA